AGCUCUGAAACAACAAACUACACCAUGGAUGCAAAGCUGGACCCUUCCAGAGAUGACCUGCCUCUCAUGGCCAACACCAGCCACAUACUUGUAAAGCACUAUGUACUGGAUUUCGAUGUGGACUUUGAAAGUCAAGUCAUUGAGGGUAACGUAGUGCUUUUCUUUGAGGACGGAGACAGAUUCAAGAAACAAAAUAGUUCCACUGAGGAAACCUGCCAAUUGGAGUCAAACGAAUCCUGCAAAUUUAGGACACCCGAACCCUGCAUUAUUCCUGUGACAGAUGCAAGGACCUUCUCAUCUAAAAUGGGAUAUAGUGAUUUUGCAAUCUGUAGUAAGAGUGAAAAAGAUACUUCUGAUAAAGAUGGUAACCAAGACAACCGGGAACAGGCUUCUGGGAUUUCUAGCUCAAAGUACUGCUGUGACACAGGGAAUCAUGGGAGUGGGGAUUUUUUGCUAGUGCUGGACUGCUGUGAUUUAUCUGUGUUAAAGGUUGAGGAGGUGGAUGUUGCUGCUGUUCCAGGUAUUGAAAAAUUUACAAGGUCUGCCAAGUUCACGGUUGUUUCUGAGAAGCUCAGGAAUCAGAUUGUACAUGAACUGGUGACUCUGGCUGCAGAUCGUUGGAGGGAGCAGUUAGACUAUUAUGCUCGCUGCAGCCAGGCUCCUGGCUGUGGGGAACUCUUCUUUGACACUAACACUUGGAGCUUACAGAUCAGGAAGACAGGGGCUCCGACAGCUACUGACUUUCCUCAUGCCAUCAGGAUCUGGUACAAAACCAAACCUGAGGGACGAUCAGUUACAUGGACUUCAGACCAGAGUGGCAGGCCAUGUGUUUAUACUAUGGGAUCUCCCAUAAACAACAGGGCCCUUUUUCCAUGCCAGGAGCCACCCGUUGCCAUGUCAACAUGGCAGGCUACAGUUCGAGCAGCUGCAUCUUUUGUUGUUUUAAUGAGCGGGGAAAAUUCUGCCAAGCCAGCACAGCUUCGGGAAGGGCUCUUAAGCUGGUAUUACUAUGUAACCAUGCCAAUGCCAGCCUCCACCUUCACAAUUGCAGUGGGAUGCUGGACAGAAAUGAAGCCGGAGACGUGCUCAUCAAAUGAUCUGGCAACAGAGGGACCCUUCCCACCUUCCGAGGCUGACUUCAGGUAUGCUGGUGUUUGUGGUCACAUGGAAUACCCCUGCCGCUUCCAGAACGCUUCUGCCACCACCCAGGAGAUCAUUCCUUAUCGGGUCUUUGCCCCGACGUGCCUCAGGGGCGCCUGCCAGGAGACCCUCUUGUGGCUUAUCCCUCCUUGCCUCUCAGCAGCACAUUCUGUCCUGGGAACACACCCGUUCUCCCGGCUGGAUGUACUCAUCGUCCCUGCCAACUUUCCCAGUCUGGGGAUGGCCAGCCCACACAUCAUCUUCCUCUCUCAGAGCACCUUGACAGGAAUGAGCCAUCUCUGUGGGACCCGUCUCUGCCAUGAAAUUGCUCACGCCUGGUUUGGCCUAGCCAUCGGGGCCCGCGACUGGACCGAGGAGUGGCUGAGUGAAGGCUUCGCCACUCACUUGGAAGACGUGAUCUGGGCUGAGGCGCAGCAGCUGGCCCCACAUGAGGCGCAGGAGCAGCAGGAGCUGAGGGCUUGCCUGCGUUGGCGUCGCCUGCAGGACGAGAUGCGGAACUCCCCUGAGGAGAUGCAGGUGUUAAGACCAAGUAAAGAGAAAACUGGCCAUGUGAGUGACUCGGGAGCAUGUGUUAUCCAGCACGGACUCAAUCCCGAGAAAAUCUUCAUGCAGGUUCAUUAUUUAAAGGGCUACUUCCUUCUUCGGUUCUUUGCCAAAAGACUUGGAGAUGAAACCUAUUUUUCAUUUUUAAGAAAAUUUGUGCAUACGUUUCAUGGGCAGUUGAUUCUUUCCCAGGAUUUCCUUCAAAUGCUGUUGGAGAACAUCCCAGAAGAAAAAAGGCUUGAGUUGUCUCUUGAAAACAUCUUCCAAGACUGGCUUGAGAGUUCCGGAAUACCAAAGGGGCCGCGUGUGCAGCAGGCCCGGCGAGCGCGGCGGCUCCUCGACGCCCUGGCGGAGCGCGAGGCUCGCGUCUUUAUGCGUCUCCCCCGGGACGUCACUUGCCACCGCCCCGGAGAACGGACGGGCCGUCGAAUCCAUUCCGGGAGAAAAGUGCGUCGGGAAAGUUUCUUUCCCUGGAAAGCCACCGGGACGCUUGGGCUUCCGACUGGGAAGCGAGCUCAGGCCGGCCGCAGGGGUGGGGACUUCCCGCAGGGCCCUUUCGCCUGCGGCCGGGCGGGCGGGCGGCCCUUCGGCUCCUCCAGCCGCCGGGAUGCCCUUUCGUGGGUGCGCAGGGGCCUGGGCCAGAAAGCUGCCCUGGGCUCCCGCGGAGGCGGGCACAGCGCCGCGAGGCCGUGGGCGCUCCUGUCACGCCGGGGGGCGGCCCUCAGGACCCACCGUCGCGUUUUAAAUGCUCUGGUUUUCGAACUUCAGGUCACGAAGUGGAUCCGAGUGAACCGGAGACCCCGAAAACGGAAGCGCAGGGCGAGCGCGGAGGUGUUUGAGAAGCUUUUUCCAGACCAGCUGGUCCUGCUUUUGGAAUAUCUCUUGGAGCAAAAGACCUUGAAACCCCGAACUCUGCAAAGCCUCCAGCGGACGUACCGCCUCGACAAUCAGGAUGCAGAGGUUCGCCAUCGGUGGUGUGAACUCAUUGUUAAGCACAAGUACACAAAAGCAUAUAAACACGUGGAGAGAUUCCUGCAGGAGGAUCAGGCCAUGGGCACAUACCUCUAUGGGGAGCUGAUGGUGGGUGAGGACCGCAGACAGCAGCAGCUUGCCCGAAGAUGCUUUGAGCUUGUGAAGGAGCAGAUGGACAGAACCUCAGCUGAGGUGGUGGCCGAGAUGCUAUUUUAAAGAGGAAAGAUCAGGAGAGCUUGUCUUUCAUAUGUCUCCUCCUAGCCCUGGUGGGACCAAGGAUCACAGUGACCCUGGACAUCAAAGGAAGGAUUGUGUGGCUGCUAAAGCCAUCAGCCAGCAGCAGUGUUCUCGCCUCGGUGCUUCUCUUUCCCAGAGGCUGGUCUCAGCCAGGCACAUAAAAAGGCAAAUGCUCAUAAACACAGCCUCCCUCACGGGGCUGCGCGGCUGCCUUUGUCCCCACCCUGGCUGUGCCGCCUUCCGAUACCAGAUGAGUCAGAGCUCUUCUGUGACUGCAAGGCAGUUCUUCCACACAAGUGACAAGAGGUACCUCAGGCACGUUGAAAAACCAGCUGGAGACGUGAGCAUGUGGCUGCACAUGGAUAUUUCUGUAAUUCCAGAAAGUCACAUAGCUUCUGUAGACUGGGACAGGUGAACGCCAUGUGAUGUCCUCCUCUGGGUCAUUUUCAAAACAUUCUGCAGAAUUAUUUUGAUUGAUAUGUCCAAUAUUCAGAUUUCUCCAAAAUUUUAGUACCUGUUUGUAAAAGUGUGUGGCAUAAGAAUAUUAAUAAUAAAAUGUAAUGGAUUUGGUUUUUUGUA